UAUAAAAACUUGGGCACAUCUUAUUUUAAAUGCACAUUUUUGAUAAUAUAUUCAAUAUGACUUUGGUGGCGGACGCUUUGGGAUUAAAUGUAUCUUAUAAGUGCAUUUUGGUUGGUCAAGGAAAUAAUUCUAUGGAAUGCAGCACAAUGUCAAAAUCAGUACUUUCAUCCCGGCUUCGUCCCGGAAAAAUUCAUGGAUUUGCAUUGGAUCCGAAUAAUUACCCAGAAACCACAGUGUUGGCAUACAGUGAAAAUGAGUACUCGUUGUAUACAUAUAACCAUAAUAAGAAAAAAAACGGAUUUAAGUUGAUUUACGAAGGAAAAACUAAAGACUGGAUUAACGCUGCUACUUUUUUUGCCGAAAACUUAAAAAAUAGAGGACAAUUCGUAUUGCACAUGGCUCACAGUACCUUAAUAUAUAUUAAAUAUGUGUUAACGCCAUAUCUAAAAUUUGAUGUAUCGGAGUUAGCCCAGUGUUGCGACUGUUCAAUUCUUUAUUAUAGUCGUCUCCACGGUAAUUCUUAUAACGAACUAACAAUAUUUAGUGGAAACGCUUUUGGGGAAUUAUUGGUUUGGCAACCUAGUAGCGCCAUAAAUUCGAAAUCUGCAAUGUGUAAAACAUUUCCUCUUCUUUUGCGUAUACAAGCACAUAACGGAGUUAUACAUGCAAUCGACUUAAACGUCUCAUCACAGAUAUUAACUACAACAUCGGAUGACCGUUCUGUCAAGUAUUGGAGAGUUGAAAACCUGGGAAUGAGGAAUGUCAGUGUGAAACCCAUGCUUAGCUGCUUCGGACACAGUUCGCGUAUAAUGUGUGCAAUAAUUGCAAAAAUUGGUGGGUUCGUUUAUAUAAUAAGCGGCGGUGAAGACUCCCAUGUUUGUAUUUGGAGUCAUGCUGGGGACCUCUUGUUCAAGCGUCGCUUGCAUUUUGGAGCACCUAUCUGGCGAUUAGGCGUCAAUAAUUCCUCGAUACUUUAUAGCACAGGGUCUUCUGGAAAUAUUGUCACUUGUAGCCUCAAUAAUAUUGUUAAAAGCCACAAUAAUGUUGCAUAUGCGUUGGACGAUAUAGAUUUAAAAAUUGAAUUCAUCAGAAGGGUAAAGUUUGUUAAGGAAAGUGUGGUUAUUGGCUUAAGUAACAUGAACCGUUUGUACUAUAUGAAACUUUCACAAAAAGGAAAGUGGGUUUUAGUGAAUGACUUUCCGUCAUAUAAAUGUACAGUUCUUGAGGUAUCUAAUGACAUUAUUGUAACAUGUGGUCUUCGACGUAUAACAAUUUAUCAUUUUGAAGGACCUAGAAAUUACAAAAAAAUUUUUGAUGAUGAAAGGAUGACAGGGACAAUACGAUCUUUUAUAUUUUUGAAUCAAAAUUACUUUCUUGUAGCCGAUGACUCUGGAAGCUGCAUGUUACUUAAAGGACAUGAUUUAAGAUUAGAUUCCCAUAUUGUUCUUUUAGAUCCGCGCGAUCCUUGUAUAACUGCCGCUUUAAUAAUAUCUAAAAACUGUAUUUUAUUGGGGGACCGCAAGGGUCGUGUUAUGCUUUAUUCCCGCAGUAAUGAAAAAACAUUUACAUGUAAAAAAACACUAAUUUAUCGAGAAGUUAAAUUUGGUGCAAAUUUUUUUAAAUUGCUUCGACUAACUACAUUUGAUGCUUAUGUAAUGUUUGGUGGUCAUGAGUCAGUUCUAAAAUAUAUACAUAUAGGAUUAUCGGAAUGCUCUAUAAGUAUCACACAACGUAUAAAUGUCCCUUUGUCGUGGAUUGAAGCUUUCCUCGGAAAUGAUUUAAUUCUGGGUUUUAAUGAUAAUCACAUUGUGGCUUGGUCUCGGCAGUAUGACGUGCUUGCAGAGAUUGCAUGUGGCGGUGGUCAUCGAUGUUGGCACUAUUUUAUAAAUAAUGGUAUAAUUAAUAUAGUAUUUAUUAAGCAGAGGAAAGUAUUCUGUUAUAAAAAUUACCUUUUCAAGCCAAUGUCGAAAAUCAUAAAAAAUUUAAGAUUUAACACCUGGCACACGCGCAAUUGUAAUAUUUUGCGACUACUUGAACACAGUCAACCGCAAACAUUGAUUGUGUCAGCUGGUGAUGAUAAUGUUAUAAAAGUAACGAAUUUUUUAAACAAUGCUUUAAAUCAAUGUGCUGAGAUCCAAUCUCAUGUAUCAAGUGUACGAUGUUUAAAGGUUUAUAAAUUACAAAGUAAUGAAAAUACGUGGAUUAUUUUUUCAGUCGGUGGCCGAUCUCAGCUCUGCAUAAGCCUAUUUAACGUAAACCGUUUUAAGGAGUUUUAUGUACAUGAACUAUGUACGCAUACGUUGCAAAAUAUGUCAAAAAAUGUUUCGCAAGAUUCGAGACUUAUGGCAAUAGAAAUUGCGAAGGAUUCCGUAACAGAUUGUUUUUUAUUAUAUAUAGCUGGUUCUGAUGGCAGAAUUUGUCAAUAUCUUUGGAAUUUAAAAAAAAAAACUGACCUAAAAUUUCAAAUUGCUAUUUAUUUAAAAAGUUGUCCAAUUAUGCUACACUGGAUAAAUGGUGACUUAUUACUUUUAACAACGACAAGUGGCGAAAUAUAUGGUUUUAACAAGACUUUGUCAGAAAAAUGUUUUCAACUUCAGCUUCAUGAAACUGGCGUCAACACAAUCGACACUUAUGUAGUUAAAAAUCUUUUGCAUAUCGUAUCAGGAGGAGACGAUGAAAAUAUUAAGUACACUACUGUAAAUUUAAAAAAUUUUAAAGUGGAAUGUCAAACAAAGUUUGUUGGUCUUCACAAUUCCCAAGUGAAUGCUUUAUCAAUACAUUGCCCUCAUAAAUGGAACGAGAAAUCGGAAAUCUUAGCGUUUACUUGCGGUAUAGAUAAACAGAUCUUUAAAAUUGAUUUAAAAAGUCGUAAAUAUGUUCGUGUUGGGUUCACCUGUAUUGCCGAUAUUAAAGGAAUGAAGAUAGACGAUUAUAACAGAAUGUAUUUAUAUGGAAGUGGCUUACAAAUUAUUUACCCAUUAAAAGCUUAAUUUGAAUGUAUACGUUUAUUCAUAGGUUAAUCAAAAUUGUGAUUAUGAAGAUUAAACUGAAAAUGAAACAAAAAAA